CUCUGACUGAGGUAAGCUGUGUUAUGUCAGCCAUGUGGUGUGUUCACCAUGCUAUCCAUAUAUACUGCUUUGGUGUGAACUCUGAAUGCAAAAAAGAAGCUAAACUGGGAGGCUUGUUGUGCAAACAUGAAUUCCACCUUGGUCUCCCUGUCAGGUAACUUCACUGUUCCAAACAAGUCUUUCCCAAAAGACAGCUUCAGUGCGGCACUGACCAAAAACAUUGUGUCCAUGUUGGUGUGGCUGGCCCUUAGCGUCAUCAAUGGCAGCAUGGUCACGACCUUCCUGCGCCACAACUUCUUCUACGAGGACCCACGCUACAUCAUGUUUAUCUUCAUGGUGCUGAACGACGCGGUGCAGCUGAGCCUGGUGACGGCGCUUUACGUGGUGAGCUACGCCUUCUCGCGCAUCCACGCCUCCGUGUGCAGCGUGCUCAUCAUCGCCGCCACCACCACCACCCGCGCCACGCCUCUCAUCCUGGCCGGCAUGGCCAUCGAGCGCUACAUAUCCAUUUGCUUCCCGUUGCACUAUGGCCACAUUUGCACGCUCAGCCGCACGCUGCGGCUCAUCCUGGCCAUUUUGGCGCUGACCACCGCGGUGCCCUUUACCGACCUCUUCAUCACACUGGCCAACAAGCCGCUGGCCCAUUUCUACGCCUACAUCUUCUGUGACCAUGCCAUACUGUUUGGGGACUACUCCAUCUAUGUAAAAAACUGCAUAGUGGACACUGUCUAUUUCUCGUUUGUCUUCCUCACGCUGUUUUAUACCUACUGCAAGAUCAUGCUGACCGCCAGGGCUGCCUCCACUGACUACAUCUCGGUGAAGAGGGCCCGUAACACUGUACUGCUGCACGGCGUUCAGCUGCUGCUGUGCAUGCUGGCCUUUGUAGUUCCCUCCAUGCAGACCCCUCUCAUCCGCCUCUUCCCCAUGCACCACCUGGAGAUCCGCUACGUCAACUAUCUGCUGGUCUACAUUAUCCCACGCUUCCUCAGUCCCAUGAUCUACGGCUUCAGGGAUGAGAAGUUCCGCAAGUACUGGCUGCGCUACCUGACAUGCAGGACGAAAAAAGUCAGGCCCUCUAUUAAAGUCAAUGUAAAAGUGGGGUGA